ACAAUCAAAGUGUCCUUCCGAUGGCCUUCGGGUUUAUGUUUGUUGCAUAGUAAACCGUUUAAAUCAUUCAUUUAUGGCAGGUUUAAAUUACCCCCGACCAAAAACCAAAUAUUACAGCAUUUAUGACAAACCAGACAAUGAUGACUGCAUGAAGAAAGUUUGCUAUGGCACAGUCUAUGGAGGUUUAUUUGGUACGUUUGUGUCCGUGUUCGAUACAUUGGGCUACUCAAGACCAGGCACUAUGGUUGGUGCGGCCCAGCGAUGUGGAUUCCAUACCUCUCUGUUUGCUCUAGCUGGUGCGGCAUACACCUCUGUUACCGUUCUCUCUGCGUCUAUGAGAAAGAAAGAUGACACCAUUAACCAUUUCUUUGGUGGUCUAGCUGCUGGAGGAGUCUUUGGUGCAAGGGCCAACAGUCAGAAGGUUGGAUGGGGUUUGGGCAUCGCUUUUGGCCUCACUGGUAUUACCAUCAAGCUGUUCCGCAUGAGUGGAAUGAAGUUUUAUCCAGUGGAAAAUUACCGUUACGAGAGAUCAUUUUUCGACUACAGGAAAUCAUAUUUUACAGACAGACCUGAUCCAGAAGGAAAUCCUGACAUAUGAUGUCUAAGUUAUUAAAAUAAUUUGGUGUUUCGAACAUGUAUAUUGUUUCUGUGACAAGUUUCAGUGUCUGCAAUAAUUCACCAGUGUUUGGUUUGACUUCAACAAGAAAAGAUCUUACUUAAAAAGACAUUUGUACAUUUGAGGUGUAGAAAAACUGUAGAUUUCUCAUUAAAUAAUUACUCUGA